AAUCGCCCGAUGUAGCAUACACCGAGUGUAGCAUAUAAAUAACCCGAUAAACCGGGCUAUUGGGCUCUCUAUUUCUACAACACGAAGCACUAUGUGAGUUUGUAUAGAUUCACUAUUCACUAAUUAAAAAAAAAAAACAAAACCAAAAAAAAUGAGGCCUCAAAUAGUGGUGUUUGGUGACUCAAUAACACAGCAAUCCUUCGGAUCAGGUGGUUGGGGUGCUUCAGUUGCCGACAUUUAUUCAAGAAAGGUUGAUGUAGUGCUACGUGGCUAUGGUGGGUACAACACCAGGUGGGCUCUGUUCUUGCUGCAUCAUCUUUUCCCUCUGGAAUCUUCGACACCUCUUGCUGCUGUUACUAUAUUUUUCGGGGCAAACGAUGCUGCUCUUCUAGAGGGCACCGGCAAAAAACAGCACGUGCCGAUCGAAGAGUACAAGGAAAAUUUGAGAACAAUCGUUCGGCAUAUUAAGGACCGGUCCCCGAACACGCUCGUUGUGCUUAUAACUCCACCUCCGGUUGAUCAGCAAGGGCGUCGAGAAUUCGCAAGGUCUAUGUAUGGCGACAAGGCAUCGGAAUUGCCCGAUAGGACAAACGAAGUGACUGGUACAUAUGCUGAGCAGUGUGUUGCUUUAGCCAAAGAACUCGGUCUCCCUUCGAUUAAUCUAUGGUCCAAAAUGCAGGAAACUCGAGAUUGGCAGAAAAAAUUCUUAAGUGACGGUCUGCAUUUGACACCGGAAGGAAACGGGGUUGUGUUCGGAGAAGUUGUGAAAAUAUUUGAUGAAGCUGGAUUUUCGGACCUGCCUUUCGACUUUCCACAGCAUUCAGACAUUGAUGGAGAACACCCUGAAAAAUCCUUCUUGCAACAAUGUCCAGCUGUGUAAUUAAUUGUUGUAUAAGUUUAUUUGUCAAAAAUUAUUAUUAUUAUUAUUAUUUUUUAUUUCGUCAUCUCUCACAUUUAAUUUAUAAAUGUUGCAUAUUGCCCUAAUGGGGGCAGGCUUUGGGGUUUUUUAUGAAAAUAAAUAAAAAAAACAGCAAUUUUUUAGGCU